AUGGGGAAAAUCGACGAUUUGGCAGACGUUCUUCACGGCACUGUAGCGGCGUUGACAGAUCGAGUCGAUAAGAUGCAAGGUGGUUGGGAUCAGCUCAAAGAGGCUCAUAACGUUGUCACCGAUCGUAUGGAUGCGAUGGAUCGAAACCUAUCGCGUAUCAUGGAAUCGUUGUCGCGGAUCGAAGGAAAUCGGAAUCCGGAACCGUCUCAUCGGAAUCGCACGACAUCACCAACAACGAUGAUCGUGAGGUACGUGAUUCUGUUCCACCGGAUCCUGGAGAAUCACUAG